GAGAACCUAGCGGCAGAAGUGAGAAAAAGUAUCGAAAGUUGGCACAGUUUUAAGCGAGGAAGCUCUACUGCGUUAGCCCACCUCUCCUGGUACAUCGCGGUUUAUUAGUGUCUCUACGUUCAGUGAAAGUAAAGUAAAAACCAAAGUUACUUUGGUCGGUUAAAAUAGACUUUAUCCCAAUACCUUAGUUCAAAUGCAAGAUGAAAUUGAUAAAUAUUUUCUUAAGAAAUUUCAGUUUCAACAGCUGGGAAAUAAAUCUUUUUCAUGCACAAAUUUGUUCGGGAACCCUUCGUGGAAGGUUCCAGAAUUAGAAAAUCUAAAAAUCCAUUUAAAUUGUACAAAAGGUCUGUUAAGCCAUAUGGAAGCUGAAAGGUGGCAUGAGCAUACAUCUUACACCAAUCGUGCAGGUGCUGUUUUUCAAAAGGUUAAAUCUGAAGUAUGUCCAGAGCUACUGACACAAGCUUGGCUCAAAUUCUAUGAAUGUCUUUCUCAAUUUGAUUUACUUGGCAAUAUUCCAGAAGGGAAUUUUGAGUUAAAAAGUGUUCAUUUGUGUGAAGCCCCAGGGGCUUUUGUAACAUCACUAAAUCAUUAUUUGAAUUUACACCACCCUGAUUUGCAUUUCAGUUGGUUGGCUGCCACUCUUAAUCCCUACUAUGAAGGAAAUUCUAGUAAAUCAAUGAUUGGAGAUCACCGUUUCAUUCACAAUACUUUAUGCUACUGGAAUUUUGGCCAUGAUGAUACUGGUGACAUAAUGGAAUGGUGUAAUGUUAAUGCGAUACUGCAAUGCAAAGGAAGACAUGUGAACCUUGUUACGGCAGACGGCAGUAUUGAUUGCGCAGAGAACCCAGGUGAACAAGAAAAACAUCUCGCAAAAUUACAUUGGUGUGAAACCAUAUCUGCGUUAUUACUAUUAAGUCCUGGCGGAUCAUACGUUUUAAAAAUGUUUACGUUUUUUGAACAUACUGCUGUUUCACUGCUAUAUAUUUUAAGAUUGUCAUUUGAAGACCUGCAUGUGUUUAAACCAUGCACAAGCAAAGAAGGAAAUUCUGAAGUAUACAUCAUUGCCCUUCGUUAUACGCAAACACAUGAAAUUCAAAAGCUAUUGCGCAUCAUUCAAGCACAGGUGUAUGAACGGAAAAUUGAUAUUUCUUCGAACGCUCUGUUUUCGCUGUCUGAAAUUCCUGAAGGCUUCCUACGCGAUAUCAUAAGCUGUGCAACGCUUUUCAAGGACCACCAGGAAGAAGCCAUUAUGCGUAACCUUACACUUUAUAACGUUCCUCUACAGGGAAAAGAAUUGGCAGCCACGAAAAAGAAAGUAGCCAAACGUUAUAUGCAGAAGUACGGCCUACGGAGCAUCCCUUUAACGAAACAAAUCUUGGGCCCGGAAAAUUUAAGAGAAAGGUCGUUGUGGAAUUUACAACCAUAUCACGAAAAGAAUUUAGGCUCUUUGCCUUUAACGGUUACUCCCGAACUAUUUACUAAAUUGCAAUUUGAAUUGAAAGAAAUUGAUUUAUUUCUUGAGAAAGUAAAAUUUCUCAAGUGGGUAAACCGAGCAAAAGAAGAUUGGAAAGAUAAGAUCUACCAUACGUAUGGGAAAUCUUAUGGUAUUAUUCGAAACACAAAAUUUUGCCACGCGUACAUCUUCCGCGUUUUUGAAUUUCUCCGAGAACUAUCAUUGGACCUUAAAUCCAAAUCAUUUUUUGAAGCGCUAGAUGAAACAGGACAAGUUUUCCUCAUCAACAAUUUCUUGGAUGUAAGUCCAAUAAUUGGCACAGGGGGUAAUUUCGAAACACGGUGUCCCGUACUUUCGAGAUUCUCUGUGGCAUCUGUCUGGAUCAUUUCUCUUUUUUUUUCCCAGGUCGAAUUUGAUUUUGAGAACGAUACUCUCAUCCGGUUUGUGGGCUAUCAUGAAGAACCCCUUAUUUUAAAUUGGAUGCGGCACCUCGACCCAAAAUUACUGAAUUUUGUGGAAAUUCCCACUCUCUUUCAAAACUCGUUUUACAAUCUCAUAACAAGAUACAACACAAAAUUGCUCUUGGAAUUCUCUUUGUCGAUAAUAAAUACGAUGCUUUUAUUAUGUUAAAAGCACCUAUGAUCCAUCAA